UCCCUCUCAGUCUGGAGCGCAGCGCUUUGACGCACCACGCACAGUUGGAUUGUUGUAUUGCGCGCAUAUCUCUCACGGGCUUUUUCGCCACUCCAGUCCACAUUGGCUGCACCCUCGCCACUGACUUACCAAUUUGGUAUCCCGUACUAUCGGAAUCAGUAUCUCUCCGCCAGGGUGACCUCUGCAGAGUUUUUUGGGGGAACCAAAGCGCUGCCGCUGCUUCGGACGCGUGUUGUGAAUUAAUAACCAACACAACCUUACCUGGAGUGUCUGCGUAUAUCCAUAUAUAUAUAGGCUAUAUACACACACACACACAAAGUGGGUGUGCUUGCGAGCUGUUUUGGAUCGCAUCAAGGAUAAAAGGUUUUGAUUUUUUUUGUUUUUGUUUGCUUUUUUUACUGGCCGGAUCCACGUACACGCAUUGACACCCGCAGACACGGCACACACCGGGGAGACCUGGGAACCGCAUGCCGGGGACAUGUGGAAGUUUGCGCUGUAGCGCAGCCACAGAGCCGGACCACCGUCUUGUUCAUUUCCAUCUCAGUGGGACCAAACAAUCAGUUCACAGACUUUUCACACUUCACCCCCUGUAAGGCGACCCAAAUGUAAAUUCACAGCAAUAAUUUGGAAAAAAAAGACGCAUCUGGAAAAGGGAGUACGACGGAAAAAAAAGGAGGACUGCAUCUCGUUGCGUGUGAGUUUGGUGAGCUUCUUCGGAGGAUUCAGAGGCUUUUACAUAUAUAUUUAUCUAAACAAUUUUUUUUAACGCCGUUGUAGCUAUUUUUCUUAGAUUUUUUUUGCGGGUGUCAUAUUGGCCCACACGUGCCGCAGUGAUGGUGGGAGCUCCGCGCCCCGAUGGCCCCGCUGGCCGCUCUCCGGCGUCGCUGCCCUGGCUGCUGGUCGUUGCGCUGGCGGCGCUGCUGCCCGCCGGGGCGCACGGCCAGCCGUGCCCGGCUCAGUGCUCCUGCACCGGGACCACCGUGGAUUGUCACGGCCAAGGACUGCGCAGCGUGCCCAGGAACAUCCCCCGAAACGCGGAGAGACUGGACCUGAAUGCAAACAACCUCACUAAAAUCACCAAGGCGGAUUUUGCAGGACUGAGGCAUCUGCGAGUGUUGCAGUUAAUGGAGAACAAAAUCACCACAAUUGAAAGAGGAGCCUUCCAGGACUUGAAAGAGCUGGAAAGAUUGCGCCUGAAUCGGAAUAAUCUGGCCGUGUUUCCCGAGCUACUUUUCCUGGGAACAACAAAGCUUUACAGACUUGACCUCAGCGAGAACCAGAUUCAGGGGGUCCCAAGGAAAGCCUUCAGGGGCGCUGUGGAAAUCAAGAACCUCCAGUUGGACUACAACCACAUCAGCUGUAUUGAGGAUGGAGCUUUCCGCGCAUUACGUGACCUGGAAGUGCUCACGCUCAACAAUAACAACAUCAGUCGACUAUCUGUGGCCAGUUUCAACCACAUGCCAAAGCUCAGAACCUUUCGCCUGCACUCCAACAACCUGCAGUGUGACUGCCACGUAGCCUGGCUGUCCGAGUGGCUGCGCCAGCGCCCCCGGCUGGGUCUCUACACGCAGUGCAUGUCUCCUCCGCACUUGAGGGGGCACAACGUGGCUGAGGUGCAGAAGAAGGAGUUCGCGUGCGCAGGUCACCAGUCGUCAUCAUCUUCUUCCUGCAGUGUGUUACAGUGCCCAGAGUCCUGCACCUGCAGUAACAACAUUGUGGACUGCAGAGGAAAGGGUCUGUCAGAAAUACCCACCAACCUGCCUGAAACCAUCACUGAGAUACGACUGGAGCAGAACGCCAUCAAGGUGAUCCCAGCUGGGGCCUUUUCUCCUUAUAAGAAGCUGCGCAGGAUAGACCUGAGCAACAACCAGAUAUCAGAGCUGGCCUCGGAUGCCUUUCAAGGUCUGCGCUCACUCAACUCCUUGGUACUUUAUGGGAACAAGAUCACUGAGAUUUCCAAGGGGCUGUUUGAGGGGCUGUUUUCUUUGCAGCUGUUGUUACUGAACGCUAAUAAGAUAGCAUGUCUGCGCGUGGACGCUUUUCAGGACCUUCACAACCUUAAUCUGCUGUCACUGUAUGACAACAAGCUCCAGACGAUCGCCAAGGGAACGUUCUCCUCCCUCAGAGCAAUACAAACACUUCACUUAGCCCAAAACCCGUUUAUCUGUGACUGUCACCUGAAGUGGCUGGCUGACUACUUGCAAGACAACCCCAUUGAGACGAGCGGCGCCCGCUGUACCAGCCCACGGCGGCUCGCCAACAAACGGAUCGGACAAAUCAAGAGCAAAAAGUUCCGCUGCUCAGCUAGAGAACAGUAUUUCAUCCCAGGAGUACACCAUGUCGGCUGUACCGAGGAUUACCGGAGUAAGUUAGGAGGCGACUGCUUCGCCGACCUGGCCUGCCCCGAGAAGUGCCGCUGUGAGGGAACGACGGUCGACUGCUCCAACCAGAAACUUACCAAGAUACCGGAUCACAUUCCUCAGUACACAGCUGAACUGCGUCUAAACAACAAUGAGUUCACUGUGCUCGAGGCGACGGGGAUCUUCAAGAAGUUGCCUCAGCUGAGGAAGAUUAAUCUCAGUAAUAACCGUAUCACUGACAUCGAGGAGGGCACAUUUGAAGGAGCUUCAGGGGUCAAUGAGCUGAUUCUGACCUCCAACAGACUGGAAAACGUACACUACCGCAUGCUAAAGGGACUCGGUGGCCUCCGCACGCUGAUGCUCAGGAGCAACCGCAUCAGCUGUGUGAGUAACAGCAGCUUCGUGGGGUUGAGUUCAGUGCGCCUCCUUUCCCUGUACGACAACCAGAUCACCUCCAUGAGCCCCGGAGCCUUCGACACGCUGCACUCUCUGUCCACGCUAAACCUCCUGGCCAAUCCCUUCAACUGCAACUGCCACCUGGCCUGGCUCGGGGAUUGGCUGAGAAGGAAGCGCAUUGUCACGGGAAACCCUCGCUGCCAGAGCCCUUAUUUCCUGAAGGAGAUCCCCAUCCAGGACGUCGCAGUCCAGGACUUUGCCUGUGAAGACGGUAACGAUGAGAACAGCUGCUCUCCUGUGCUGAGGUGUCCGGCCGAGUGCUCCUGUCUGGACACUGUGGUCCGCUGCAGCAACAAGGCUCUCACAACACUCCCAAAAGGCCUUCCCAAAGAGACCACUGAGCUGUAUUUGGACGGUAACCACUUCACUCAGGUUCCUGUGGAGCUCUCCAAUUACAAACACUUAACGCUCAUUGAUUUGAGUAACAACCAGAUCAGCACAUUGUCCAACCACAGCCUCAGUAACAUGUCCGAGCUGCUUACCCUAAUCCUGAGCUACAACCGCCUGCGGUGCAUACCGGAGCAGGCGUUCGACGGCCUCAAGUCCCUGCGUUUGCUAUCUCUCCAUGGUAACGACAUAUCCCUGAUACCCGAGGGAGCCUUCAAGGACCUGUCGUCGCUUUCACACCUGGCUCUGGGUGCCAACCCUCUGUACUGUGACUGCCACAUGCAGUGGCUGUCCGACUGGGUGAAAAGCGGCUACAAGGAGCCUGGCAUCGCCCGUUGUGCCGGGCCCGGCGACAUGACAGACAAAUUACUCCUCACCACGCCUUCCAAGAAGUUCACCUGCACAGAAGUCUCCGGGCCUUGUGGCUUUCUUGUGCCAGGCCCAGUGGAUUUGAGUAUCCAGGCAAAGUGUGAUCCCUGCCUGUCCAGUCCCUGCAAGAAUGAUGGCACAUGCACCAACGACCCCGUGCACUACUACCGCUGCACCUGCCCUUAUGGAUUCAAGGGCCAAAACUGUGAGGAGCCCAUUCAUGCUUGCAUCAGUAACCCAUGCCAGAACGGUGGAACAUGUCAUCUGAAGGAAGGAGAAGGCGGAAACUUUUGGUGUGUGUGUCCAGAGGGCUUCGAAGGAGAUACGUGUGAGAUCAACAUUGAUGACUGUGAAGACAAUGACUGUGAGAACAACUCCACUUGUGUUGAUGGAAUCAACAACUACACAUGCAUGUGUUCCCCAGAAUACACAGCUGCUACCAAUGAGGUGGAGAGAGGAGAGCUUUGUGAGGAGAAACUGGACUUCUGUGCCCCAGAGCUGAACCCAUGUCAGCAUGAUUCAAAGUGCAUUUUGACUCCGCAGGGAUACAAGUGUGAGUGCACUCCAGGCUACGUAGGCGAGCAUUGUGAGCUUGACUAUGACGACUGUGAGGAGAACAAGUGUCUGAACGGAGGUCAGUGCAUCGAUGCGCUGAAUGGAUACACCUGCGUCUGUCCAGAGGGAUACAGCGGGUUAUUCUGCGAGUUUUCUCCCCCGAUGGUCCUUCCUCGUACCAGUCCCUGUGACAACUACGAAUGCUUCAACGAGGCUCAGUGCGUUGUCGUGGGAACAGACCCUCGCUGCCAGUGUCUCCACGGCUACGAGGGUGAGCACUGCGAAACACUUGUCAGUGUCAACUUCAUCAACCGAGAGUCCUACCUGCAGUUUCCCUCCAGCCUCCUCUCACCACAGACCAACAUCAGCCUUCAGAUUGCCACCGACGAGGACAGCGGUGUGCUGCUGUAUAAGGGGGACAACGAUCACAUUGCGAUGGAGCUGUACAGGGGACGUCUCAGGGUCAGCUACGACACCGGAUCCUACCCGCCCUCUGCUAUAUACAGCGUCGAGACGGUGAACGACGGCAGCUUCCACGCUGUGGAGUUGGUGGCAGCGGACCAGACUCUGUCUCUCUCCAUCGAUGGCGGACCACCCAAAUCCAUCAACUCCAUCAGCAAACAGUCCACACUCAACAUAGAUUCUCCACUUUACCUGGGAGGGAUGCCGGAGCGCGCCUCGGCCUCCGGAGGUCUUUCGGCCUUGCAGCACAGCUCAGGAGGCCACAACGGCACCAGCUUCCACGGCUGCCUCCGUAACCUCUACAUCAACGGGAAGCUUCAGGACCUGGGAGCCGGGCUGGACCCGGGGGCUCGGGGCUCUGGGACUCCGCAGAGCACCAAACAAUGGCUGGGUAACGGCGUGGAACCGGGCUGCCAGCCGUGCCAGAGAGGCGCCUGCGUCCAAGGCGACUGCCACCCAAUGGGUCACCGUGGAUUCACUUGUACCUGCCACCCGGGCUGGACCGGGACUCUGUGUGACCAGCAAGUUAGCAACCCUUGCGAUGGCAACAAGUGUGUUCAUGGUACCUGCCUCCCGAUCAACUCGUACUCGUACUCGUGCCGCUGCCAGCCCGGCUUUGCUGGCGUACUUUGUGAUGAGCAGGACCAGGACUCGGCGAGCGCCUGCAGCCUGUCUCACUGCAAACACGGCAAAUGUCGAGUGUCAGGCCUGGGCAAAGCGUACUGCGAGUGUAACAGUGGAUAUACAGGAGAGGCGUGCGACAGAGAGGUGGCCUGCAGAGGAGAACGGGUCCGAGAUGUCUACCAGAGACAGCAAGGCUACGCGGCGUGCCAAACCCAGGAGAAGGUCUCCCGUCUAGAGUGUCGAGGCAGCUGCCCGGGGGGAGCAGAGGGGCAGGGCACCUGCUGCACCCCCCUCCGCAGCAAACGCAGGAAAUACACCUUCCAGUGCACUGAUGGCUCGUCUUUUGUCCAGGAAGUGGAGAAAGUUGUGAAGUGCGGCUGUACAAAGUGUUCUUCAUAAAAAGAGAGUGAAAAAGAGACAACACCCUCAGCAGAUUUCUGCUUCCACCGAUAUUGUUUUUGUUUUUUUGUGUCCCUGCCUGCCUUACUUCCUCCCUGUACCAACUUGUUCCCCCAAGAGGAAACUCUCCACCUCCCUAGAGUACUCCACCCACCAACCCCAUUUUUUUUUAAAACCCUACAAGAGUCAAAAAGAAGAAAAAAAAAAAAAAAAAAAAGGUCCCCUUCCUUGUCAGUGCUGGACUGAUGAUUGAUGCUUCCUCGGUGGGGAUCUUGAAUUGUAUUGUAAAGUACAAAAACAGACUUAUUUUUUAUUAUGAAGCGGAGAAAAAGACAAAAAAAAGAAAAACAACAAAAAAACACGAAAGCUGACUUUGUCCUUACGUCUUUUUGUUGGCCACGAUGACUCCGAUGGUGCGCCACACUGUCUCUUCCCUGGAGAGCCAGCGGCUCUGAUGGAUGACCACUUCCUCCCUGCUUCCCGUCUGGUCUGUGAGUUGUGUUUUUUAGGAGUAACUUUAACUGUUAGUACCACAGACUCAACACUGGGAGGAGCUGCAUCGAAGCAGAGGACUGGCAGUGACACGAUAACCCCCCCCCCCUUAAAACACCACUGUAGUGUGUCGUCUCGUCCGGCAGGCCUCCUGAAACCCUCUGAGACUGUUCAUGAUCCUACACACGGCUGUGCUCAAACUUGUGGUAUUUUAAACAGCUACUGAUCAACACACACACAGACACACACACACACACACUCAUGCGAUUACUCUCACCUGUAGAGUUCUACACGUUACCUGUCAGGUUAAAUCCAUCUUCCCUUCUGUUCAUCGACCCCCAGCCUUGAACAAGUAUUUAUUGUAUCAUAAAUACCUGUACUUAUUCAGUAGAUCCCCCAUGUAUCAAUCUGAUUCUUUUAAUAUAUAUUAAUUUAUAUUUGUCCUUAUUUUUGUAUUAAAAAGACAUACUCUGUCAAAAUAGUUGAACUAACGAAUGGUGUCCUUUAUUUUGGUUUAUAAGAAGUCGUUUUUUGUUUUUUUUUGUUUGUUUCUUUUUUUCGAUCACUGAAACUUUUGUGCUUGCCAGAGACCUUAGUUACAUUUUAAAAUGCAAAUGUGACGUGAAGACAUUGUAUAUUUUUGUCGCGUUUCCUGAGAGUUUGUACUGUGCCAUUACCAGAAGGUCUUUAUAUUAAGAGUAUAAAUGUAUAGAUAAUUUCCCUACCUAUGUACUUCACACACGGAUCUUGUGAGUAGCAUUGACCCUAGCGGAUGCAUAGAACUGUUUUUACCUUUUUAACAAAUUUAAAGAAUACUGUGACUUUUUCUAAAUGAAACUACUUUGUUAGCCCCUCGGUCUCUGAUGUUAACAUGUUGCUGCUAAGUUUUUGUACCGUAGACUUGGAUCCUGAUCUGUAUGUUAUAUAAAGCUUCAUGCUCCUUGCUGUCAGGGGGCGACCUUGUGUAACAGAUAAAUAUGCCCCCCCCCCCCCCCCCUCAACUCCACACAUGUGCAUUGUGCUUUAUAUUCCCCCUCUCCAUCCCCCAGACUAAUGUCAGUUCCCUGACUGAUGUUUGUUUAUUAAACACAAUAUUUACCUCAAAA